AUGACAUUGCUGGCUCGCAUCCAGGUACACACACAACAGAUUUGCGGUCUCGCUUGGUCUUGUGACGGCGAGCAGUUUGCCACUGGUGGCAAUGACAACUUGUGCUGCCUCUUCAGUGUCGACAAAAUUUUAGAGUCCAAGGAUGAACAGGAUGAUGUAACUAUCGAGACGAAGCCAAUGACUCCGUCUUGGUCGACAAGUUUUGCGGCAUCCGAGAAAAUCGAGGCGAACAUCUCAAAGGAAGAGCCUGGUGAACAGACUCAGACAACUCUCAAUCCACAUGCACCCGAGUUCACGCCUAUCAACCGAUCGGCGGACAACGUUCCAUGGCCAUCAUGGCCAGAUGAGUCAAGGGCAUCACCGCAGCUGCCCUAUACUACUCGCUACACCGCCUGGGCUCACAAUGUUGACAAUGAUGAUGGUGACGACUUGGUACUACCCAUAAUCCCCUCAACACCUCCGCACCCUCCAGUGAAGACAUGGCGGGCUUCUGCGGCUGAUCAGACAUGGCACCAUCUCGCCGCAGUCAAAGCCAUAGCUUUCUGCCCAUGGCGCCCUCACCUUAUUGCUACAGGUGGUGGUUCGAACGACAAAAUGAUACAUUUUUUCCACUCCACCUCGGGUGCGGUAUUAGCGACAAUUUCCGUAAAUGCCCAAGUCACAAGCCUUCACUGGAGUGCGACCCGAAGAGAAAUUGCAGCUACCUUUGGUUAUGCUCAACCUGAGCAUCCAGUGAGAAUUGCAGUGUUCAGCUGGCCAGAUUGCAAAAUGGUUGGAAGUGUGAAAUGGGAUGGCGAGCAUCGAGCGCUAUUUGCAGUCACGUACCCCGGCAGUCCGAUGGCACGUCUAUCGCUAGGUACAACCGGCGUUGCUAUGGAUGGCUCAGAGCCACCUUCUACCAGCCCUUUGGAGGACUCGAGUCGUGAAUCAGGAAGCCAAGGGACCGACAUGGGUAGUCAUAGUCGACGCAGAACUAGCCGAAGAAGAAGAGAGAUGGGAGAAGGCUGUCUGAUUGUUGCAGCAAGCGAUAAAAGCGUGAAGUUUCAUGAGGUUUGGGGCACUUCUCGUGGGCGAUCCAUCACUGCUACAGGACCCGGUGCUCUGGGCGGAAGUGACAUUAUUGAGAUGGCUGAGGGCAUCGACAAGGAGGGUGAUAUUAUACGCUAA